UUUGUGACUAACUAUCGAUGAACCUAUUGGAUCCUAGAUUAGUUGAUGUGCUCAGCAGUAGCAAUGAGGAAUUGGUUUUUUGUGGUAAUAAUAGUAUGUGGGUGCGUUCCUUUAGACAUGAUCACUUUGCUCCAUGUUAAGUUUUGUUCACCUUUUUUUAAAGAGUGUUAACAUCACUCUCCUCUUUAUUGGUUGAAAUUGUGUGAAUUCCACCACAAAGUGUCAUACUUACCAAAAAGUGUAUUGAAUGGUAAACAUGACACCACUUUGUGGUGGAAUCCACAUCAUUUUAACAAAUAGGAAUGAGGGUAAUAUUCACUACCCUCUUGUAAGAAGAGUGAACAAAAUUGCACUCAAUAUCGAAUUGUUCGAGCCGUGGGCAUGCAUUAGUUCUCUUACAAUACACUACAUUUAAUUCAAAAAAUAAGUUCAAAUAAAUACUUUUAGUUAGCAGAACUGGCCUACUGUACAUGGAGACUCAGAAAAAGCAAGGAAGAAAGAAAAAGAAGAGAUCCAUUGCUGACAGCUGCGUUGAAUGGCUAAAAAUAGGAAGACAAUUCGAAGUUGAUUUCUAUAUCCGGGUAAUAGAAAAGACCUGAAGUUUACAGCCAGAGUAUACAUGGAAACUCAUCCAUCCAUCUAGAGAAAGGCAAGGAAGAAGGAUAAGAAGAGGAGGAGAAGAAAGCACUGAGGGCAACCAUCGACUAACAUGGCGGCAAUCACGGCGGCCGAGAUGUGGACGACAGUGGGCUCUACCAUCGCCAGUUUCAUGUUCGUUUCGACAAUCUUCCGCCAGUACUGCCCCCACGAGGUUCGCCAUUUCUUAGAGAAAUGGAUGCACAAGCUCGCGCGCUUUUUCAACCCAUACAUCCAUGUUUCCGUCCACGAGUUCACUGGGACCCGGCUCAAUCGUAGCGAAGCCUAUGCUGCGGUUGAGGCAUAUUUAAGUACAAAUUCAUCGAGAAGCGCAAAGAGGCUCAAACUCGAGAUGGAAAAAGAUAACAAGAAUAUUGUACUAAGCAUGGACGAGUAUGAGAAGGUGACAGACGAGUUUCAAGGUGCGGAAAUUUCGUGGGUUUUGGGCAAGACCGGUAUGCCUCAACAACCCAUGGGAAGUGCGUACCACUCGGAGCCGGAGAGGAGAUUUUACAAGCUUACGUUCCAUAAGCGUCAUAGGGAGAUGAUAGCCGAAUCUUACUUGCAGCACGUGAUGAAGAAAGGGAAGGAAAUUAGGGUGAAGAAUAGGCAGAGGAAGCUCUACACAAAUGGUGCAGCGAAUAGAUGGUUCAUUACCAAGCAAACUAUGUGGAGCGAUGUACCAUUUGAGCAUCCGGCGAGAUUCGAGUCGAUAGCAAUGGAGGCGGAGAAGAAGCAAGAGAUCAUAGAGGAUCUUCUGCAUUUCAGCCAGAGUAAGGAUUUCUACGCUCGGAUUGGGAAAGCGUGGAAAAGGGGAUAUUUACUAUAUGGUCCCCCUGGCACAGGGAAGUCUACGAUGAUUGCCGCAAUGGCAAAUUUGUUGAAUUACGAUGUUUACGAUCUAGAGCUCACGGCAGUCAAGGAUAAUACAGAGCUGAGGAAGCUAUUGAUAGAGAUUACGAGUAAAUCCAUUAUAGUAAUCGAGGAUAUUGACUGCUCGCUUGAUCUUACAGGUCAAAGGAAAAAGAAGACAGAGAAAGAAACAGAAGACAAGAAUGAGCAGGGGAAAAAAGAAACAAACUCUAAGGACCCAAAGGAAGAGAGUAUCAGCAGAGUUACGCUUUCUGGGCUUCUGAAUUUCAUUGACGGCCUCUGGUCUGCUAUCGGAGGAGAGAGAAUAAUCGUGUUCACAACUAAUUACGUGGAGAAGCUGGACCCUGCACUAAUAAGAAGGGGAAGAAUGGACAAGCAUAUUGAGCUUUCGUACUGUAGUUUUGAAGGAUUUAAGGUACUUGCAAAGAAUUACCUGUUGGUAGAAGCACAUCCGUUGUUUGAGACAAUAGAAAGAUUGAUGGAGGAGACCAAGAUUACGCCUGCUGAUGUGGCAGAGGCCCUCAUGCCGAAGUCCUUCAGAGAAGACGCGGAGAAAUGCCUUUCGAACCUGAUUCAAGCUCUUGAGGAAGCAAAGAAAAAAGCUGCAACGAAGAAAGCAGAGGAGGAAUCAAGAGGGAAGGAACCAACAAAGGAUGAUUCACUGGUGCAAGAUCGAAUCAUCGUUUUGAACUUGGGGUGGAACCCGCAAUGGGGGCUAUGGAAGAAUAUGGAGGUAUGAUGGUAUGUAGAGGAGGUUAUUCCCUUGGGGGUGGUUGGUUUACCAAUUUUUCCUCCAGUAACCAGAAAAUUAAGCCAGACCAGUGAAGAAAAGUCAAGCUUUCAUUUCUCUCUCUAGUGACUGAAAACAACAUCAAAGACCCAAAACCAUCGAAGACUCUCAGGCCGUCCAAAAUCUUUUACCUACUUCCUUCUACGUAUUUUCUUGGAAGUUCAUGCUUGUGAGUUGUGAUUGAGAACUCCCCACGUCACCUUUAGGAUUCUACCAAGCAUCAUUGCUGACUGCUGAGUUGAAUCUUCUGAACUCAACCAAUGAAACUAAAGAAUAUA